GAGUGCUUGAAGUGUGUGAUAAAAGUGCAAUUGUCAUUGGAGACCUGCUCUGGACGGGUGAACAAAACCAGUGUGAUAGUUCAACCGAUUGUAUCAUAUCAUCAAAUACAAACACACAAAAAUGCGCGAUCGGUGACACUGAUACAGCCUAUUGCAGUGAAUAGUUUUUGAUUAUGUGUUUCGAAACAUGUUCUUGUGAUAGUAACACAAAAUAGAGUGCCAAAGAAAUGGGUGACAGACUAAAGCACCCAUUUAAAGUGAAAACUAAAACAUUUCGUAUUGAUUUUGUGAAAAUUGAAAAAUGGAUGUAAUUACAGAUUUAUCUCCCCUGAGCCCAGGCUUGAUAGACGAGUUGGAGGCGUUCAUGGCCCCCGUCGGCGAGGGCUGCUACGGAACGCAGACUCUCGACACUCGCCGGCUUGGGGGCCACCAAUUACCAGAAAGUCCACCGGACUCCGGAUCAGAGAAUCCUUACAGUCCGUCGGAAACCCACGUUCCCCACGCCAUAGCAGUAUCUCAAAGUGUACUUGGUUCCGACUACAUGUUAGUCCACGACCACAUGCCCACACACGAGAUACUGCAACAAAAUGGGGAUUACAUCUACGAAGAAUUAAAAUCAGAUUCUAUAGACCACGAUGUCCUGAGAAGCAACCUAAAUGAUGUUGUAGUUCUACCACAGGAUCCCAAUAUAGUUGAGCUAGGUAUAAGAACUGUCAGACAUGAUCUUUUAGAUCCGUAUCAAAACAGAUACAAUCAAAUGAGGGUAGAGAUGCCUGAUUUGGAUCAGGGUAUCAUAAAUCCUCAGUUGGUGUCGUUGGGACAUGAUGCCUUAACGCCUGUGUACACGAAUCUUCAAGAGCCGAGUAGUAAAAAGAGGAAGCAUUCGCAAGAUGUGAAUUCUCAAGUCAAAUGUGAACCAGCUGCGCUAUCCCCAGAAAGUAUACCCAACAUCCGGCCUGCGCCACCUUCCGUGGACGGCUCAGAAGCGGGGGACGACGCUCCGCUGCAGUGCAUCCGCUUCGCAUCGUUCCAACAGCAGUUGUGGCACGCGCUGUACGACUGCAACCUGAAACCUAUGUCCACGCCCUCGUACGUAGUAGGAGCAGAUAAAGGGUUCAACUACUCACAGAUAGACGAGGCGUUCGUCUGUCAAAAGAAAAACCACUUUCAGGUCACAUGCCAGAUACAAAUGCAGGGUGAAGCGCACUAUGUGAAGACACCAGAUGGUUUUAAGAAGAUCAACAACUUCUGCUUGCACUUUUAUGGUGUUAAGGCUGAAGACCCAAGUCAAGAAGUCAGAAUAGAACAAAGUCAAUCGGACAGAACAAAGAAACCAUUUCAUCCGGUGCCUGUGGAGCUCCGGCGAGAAGGUGCAAAAAUAACAGUGGGAAGGCUCCACUUCGCCGAAACGACGAACAACAACAUGCGCAAGAAGGGUCGACCAAAUCCUGACCAAAGGCACUUCCAGUUGGUCGUAGCUUUAAGAGCUCAUGCCGCACAUGGAGACUUUAUCAUCGCUGCUCAUGCUAGUGACAGAAUUAUCGUUAGGGCCUCUAACCCUGGGCAAUUCGAGUCGGAUUGUUCAGAAAACUGGUGGCAGCGCGGCGUUUCGGAGAACAGUGUCCAUUAUAACGGCCGAGUUGGGAUAAAUACGGACAGACCUGACGAAUCCUGUGUUAUCAAUGGUAACCUCAAGGUGAUGGGACACAUAGUACACCCAUCUGAUGCACGCGCCAAACACAAUAUUGAAGAGUUGGACACUGCACAGCAAUUAAAAAAUGUGCAGAGCAUACGGGUUGUCAAAUUCAACUACGAUCCAUCGUUCGCCGAGCACUCCGGACUAUUAGGCUUUGAUCCGACCAGCUCAACCCCGCAAUCUGACACAGGAGUGAUAGCUCAAGAAGUCAGAAGGGUGAUACCUGAAGCUGUAAAAGAAGCUGGUGACGUCACGCUGCCGAACGGAGAUACCAUACAGAAGUUCCUGGUUGUUAACAAGGACCGAAUCUUCAUGGAGAAUCUUGGCGCUGUGAAGGAAUUGUGCAAAGUAACUGGCAAUCUUGAGUCCCGAAUUGACCAGUUGGAGCGCAUCAAUAAGAAAUUGUGCAAAAUGAGCAUUCUGCAACGACGGGAUAGUUCGCGGUCUAGUGUUAGCAAUGAUUCCCGCUUUUCAGCAAUUUCAGCUUCAUCAAAAUCCCUCUACAGCGACGGCAACAUAUCAAUUGAGCAGAUUCGCGAUAUAGCCAGAAAUAUCCGUAAACACGAAUGCUGUUCAAAAAUCAGCCAUCAUUCACCAAAAUACACAAGAAAGUUAUGCAAGAACUGCCAAACUACACGUUUGGGGAAACAUUACAACAGCAACAAAAUUUAUAAUAACAAAAAUGACAAAACGGAAAAGUUGGACACAUUUCCGACUUACACCGACGAAACCAAGAGCCAAGAAGAUAUUAACACGGUGUCAAAGAAAAACCAAGAUUCGCAUACGAAUAUUUGGUUCAGAGAUGAUUAUAACUAUGAACAAAAGUUAGCGUUCUGUUGUGGAAGGAGAGAUCGGUACGGUGAUGCAAGCAGCGAACUGAUAUCGAAUAAGUUUUUGCAGAUUGUCAUAACUAUUCUGAUAUUUAUUAUGGCUGUUUGCCUCGUGGUAAUGUCAGCUCUCUACUUCCGAGAGCAUCAAGAGUUGUUGUCAAUGAAAGAGAUAAGGAUGCACGAGAAAUUUUCCAACUACCCGCAUUAUAACAAGUUCAAUGUCAACGGUGCCACCGCUCACAGAGCGCCGCCCGAUCAAAACCAAAUACAGAAUUUAAAACCUCAGCAUGCGACUGUAAAGAAAACAGCAAAAGAGAAAGGACCGCAUAAAACUACGCCAGAAUACACAACUACAUCCCCCACUGAAAACUCACCCCAUACAAUAGCUACUACCCUCCAUGCAUCCAGGAAUUACGUAAAAAAUGUGCUUCAUAUGGAGCAAACAUCAGCAUCGCCGCGGCUCGAGAAACCAGUUUCUCUAUCGCGAAUUGCUGAGGUAAUUGGCGGUGGGUGUACGUUCAAUGUCAAUACAGACAAUGAGUUGGAUGCUGAAUGUCAGUCAUCUUGUGGCUUGGACCCACCGCAAACCUAUGAAAAUCAAGAGCCAUUAGAGCGGAACCCGGAAAAAGAACUAAACGAGACCUUCUCUAGGCCCCUCGAACCAAUACCCAAAGACAAACUUCCAAGCAUCCCAGUGAUCCCAGACAAACAGAAUGACACGACGAAAGAAGAGCUAAAGAAUAGUGAACAGGAAAUCAAGAGGGAAGAGUUUAAAUUGCACGACGAAAUAAUUGCUGAGAGUAAUCUUUUGGAUUCUGCUAAACAGAAUGGGACUGAAGUUCGUCUCAAACGAGCCAUCCGAGCAAAGCGAGAAACAAACGAAGCCUUACUGAGGAGUAGCUCUGAAGAGAUGAACCUGACUGAUGAAAUUCCUGGAGCUAAGGAUUGCGACACGAUAUCGGUGGGUAUAUCGAGCAAGUCGGUCUCAAACAACUCUGUCUUCGUGGAACGCGAAGUCUGCGCUCUGAGAGUGCAUAACUACACUUAUACAGUGCCUUUGUCGCGAUGUUUGCAUCAUAAACAUCUCGACAUUAUAUUUCGCUCUACUAAAUUGAAAGAGAUUCGCCUCUGCGAUCUCCACUGCAAGUAUGACUCGGUCAAGAACUGCCAACUUAACAGAGAAAUCGCCAAGCCAAUACCAUCUGUCGACGCUUGGACUUCAAAAAUGACUCUUGAAUGCAAUAUGGAUCGCGAUAUGAAGAUACGGGCUUCGUAUACGCAGCUUAAGGAUCUUUGCUACUUGACACCUGAGCAGAAGAUACCGUUUGUUGAAUUCAACAUACACAUCUACAGAGAUUGUCACAAUUAAUAUAACGUAAAUCUACCUACAUUGUCUAUGGCGGGUCUAUGGAAGUUAAAUGUAACUUGAUUUACUGUGGAAGAUGAAAUAAUUGUAACAUAUAUAACCUGACAAGUAAAGAUCAAAUUUUUGGUACUGACAACACUAACUUAGGCGCCAAUAGUCAAUGUUCCUGCCACUAUUUCAGGAUUAAUAAAUAACUAUAAGUUACUUUCUAGAAAAAACUCAUAUAGUAAGAAAUUCCGC